AUGGGCCCUCUAAGAACUGAGUUUGGAUUUGUUGUGUUACUAAUACUCCCGUGGUUUCUUAGUGUAGUAGCAGAUGAACCAAAACCCGCAACCCCAGGUUGUGAUUUUCCAGCUAUAUUCAACUUCGGCGAUUCCAAUUCAGACACUGGUUGCAUGUCGUCUGCAUUUUACCCUGCUAUUUUGCCUUAUGGUCAGACUUUCUUCCAUGAUGCUGCUGGCAGAGCUUCUGAUGGACGCCUUAUUAUAGAUUUCAUUGCCGAGAAGCUUGGUUUCCCGUACUUGAGUGCAUACAUAGAUUCAAUUGGAACAAGUUAUAGGCAUGGCGCAAACUUUGCUGCAGGAUCAUCAACCAUUAGGCGACAAAACAGGACCUACUUUGAUGGCGGUUCUCCUUUCACACUCGAAAUCCAAACUGCCCAGUUUGUCCAGUUUAAGGCUCGCACUGCCAAGUUCUUCAACCAAGGGAAGGAAAAUCCUUACACGGUUAACUUUCCGAGGCCAGAGGAGUUCGCCAAAGCCAUCUACACAUUUGAUAUUGGGCAAAAUGAUAUCGCUCUUGGCAUGGGCCACCAAGAUUCCCAAGCACUCAUCUCUGACAUGCUUGAAAAUUUUUUAAAGCAAAUUAAGAUAUUAUAUGAACAAGGAGCAAGGGCAUUUUGGAUACAUAACACGGGUCCAAUUGGUUGCUUGCCAUUGAGCAUGCCUAAGCACAAUGCAAAUAAUAAUACUGCAGUUCAAACUUUUAAUAGUUUUUGGCAUAUAAAAGAAAAUACAGUAGAAAACCAAAAAGAAAACGACGUUGCCGUUUCUGGUUCACUUGAUGAAAACGGGUGUGUCAUAUAUGCAAACGACAUAGCUAAAGAUUUCAAUAGUAAGCUCAAGAAUGGAGUCCUCAAAUUGAGGGCACAGUAUCCAGAUGCCUCUUUCACAUACGUGGACAUGUUCUCUGCUAAGUAUGAGCUCAUCAGCAACUCCAAAAGAGAAGGAUUUGUUGAUCCUUCAGAAAUUUGUUGUGGUUAUCAUGAGGAUGGGUACCAUGUAAAUUGUGGGAACAAAGCAAUGAUUAAAGGUAAAGAAAUUUAUGCUGGUUCUUGUAAAGAUCCGUCAAAGUACAUUAGCUGGGAUGGUGUGCACUACACUGAGGCAGCAAAUCGAUGGAUUGCUAAUCGCAUUUUAAAUGGUUCAUUGUCAGAUCCUCCACUUCCUAUAACACACUCUUGUAAAAGGACUCCAUAGUGCCAUUUGGUGUUGACACCAUUCCCAAAAAUCAA